AUGAGCCAUUUAUGCAGUUUUACUGUUACUGUAAUAAACAUAAAUAUAGUCCUUUGUUGGAAGUUUUUUGUAACCCUAUCCCAAGAUGUUGGAUUUUUCGUGUCAAGCUGGAUCUUUGAUGUGGUUGCACUAUUCCCCCACAGCCGACACCAUAAAACAAUUACUGCCUUUGCAAGUGUCCUUAACACCACUAAACCGACAUCACAGCUGCCACAUCCCCUCCAGCAACAAGCAGCACACCAGAGUCAUCAUUUCUACCACUGCCACGCUAACACAACUGCCACACCCACUACCACUAACCUACAACCCUUGUACCACAAACCAAUACUACAUGAAAAUGUGAGAACCCCUUCAAUAAUCAUUCCUGUCACUACGCCUCCACAGUGGUUUCCACCCUCAGUCUCCCUUAUGACUGCCACUAUCUGCUUGCCCUACUGUCAUCCUCAGCAAAAUAUUCUGAUACUGGGUCAUUGA